UCUUUUUCUUUUCUCUUCACAGAACUUCAUUUGCUUUUGUCUUGUUCAAUACUGUUUGUGUCUAACAUACAAAACAAUAAAAAACGACAUAUUACUGACUCAAUAGUGUAAAUAGGUACAAGAUUUACAAGUCAACUUUUUUCUUUUCAGGUUUAUAUAAAAGAGAGAGAAAAAGCUAUUUUCAACAUGCAGAUGCUCACCAAGUUUGAGUCAAAAAGUAAUCGCGUCAAAGGUGUUGCUUUCCAUCCCAAGCGCCCUUGGAUUCUUGCUUCCUUACAUAAUGGCUGUAUUCAGUUAUGGGACUAUCGUAUGGGUACUUUGUUAGAACGCUUUGAAGAACAUGAUGGUCCUGUAAGAGGCAUUAGUUUUCACCCUACUCAGCCUUUAUUUGUUAGUGGAGGUGAUGAUUACAAGAUCAAAGUAUGGAAUUAUAAGACCCGUCGUUGUUUAUUCACCUUGAAUGGCCAUUUGGACUAUGUCCGUACUGUCUUUUUCCACCACGAAUUACCUUGGAUCAUUUCAGCUUCCGAUGAUCAAACCAUUCGUAUCUGGAACUGGCAAUCCAGAGCCUGUAUUGCUAUCUUGACAGGCCAUAAUCACUAUGUGAUGUGUGCUCAAUUUCACCCCAAGACAGAUUUGAUUGUCUCUGCCUCUAUGGAUCAAACAGUCCGUGUAUGGGAUAUUACGGGUUUGCGCAAGAAAUCUCAAGCACCUACAGCAAUGACAAUGGAAGACAUGGGCAGACCUGGUCCUGGUGGCGAUUUGUUCGGUAUGACGGAUGUCAUGGUGAAAUAUGUCUUGGAGGGCCAUGACCAUGGUGUCAACUGGGCUUCUUUUCACCCUACUCUUCCUUUGAUUAUCUCUGCCGGCGAUGAUCGUCAAGUGAAGCUUUGGAGAAUGAAUGACACCAAGGCUUGGGAAGUAGACAGUUGUCGUGGCCAUUAUAAUAAUGUGUCCAGUGCUAUUUUCCAUCCUCGUCAAGACUUGAUCUUGUCUGACAGUGAGGAUAAGACGAUUCGUGUCUGGGAUUUAACGAAGCGUACGGCUGUGGCCACAUUCAGAAGAGAUCAUGAUCGUUUCUGGGUAUUAACAUCUCACCCUGAAUUGAACUUGUUUGCUGCUGGUCAUGAUUCUGGUUUGAUUGUCUUUAAGCUUGAGCGUGAGCGUCCUGCAUUCCAAGUACAUAACAACGAACUUUACUACAUCAAGAACAGUAUUUUACAUAUUCAUGAUUUUCCUAGCACUGCUGACCAAGAAGUCAUGUCUGUCCGUAAAUUGGGCUCUCAGUUUGUCGCACCUCGUACAUUAUCUUACAAUCCUGCUGAAAGAGCCAUUUUGUUAACGAGUCCUUAUGAAGGAGGUACUUAUGAAUUGUACCGUUUGCCUAAGAGUUUGGGUGGUACAUUACAAGAACCCUCAGAUGAUGCCAUGAAGGGCGCUGGUCAUGCUGCCUUGUUUAUUGCCCGUAAUCGUUUUGCAGUCUUUGACAAGACAAACCAGACUAUUCAAAUCCGUGAUCUUUCUAACAAAGAGACCAAAUCCUUCAAAACACCCGGUCAAGUCACUGAUAUCUUUUAUGCUGGUCCUGGCUCUCUUUUGAUGGCUACACCUACGUCUGUCAUCUUGUUUGAUAUUCAACAACGCAGAGUGAUUUCUGAAUUGGCUGCUUCUUCUGUCAAAUAUGUUGUUUGGUCUACAGAUAUGUCUAUGAUUGCACUCUUGAGCAAACACACCAUCACCAUUGCUGACAAAGAAUUGAAGCAAACAAGUCAAAUUCAUGAAACCAUUCGUAUCAAGAGUGCUACUUGGGAUGAUCAAGGUGUCUUGAUCUACUGUACUUUGAACCAUAUCAAAUACGCUCUUCCUCAAGGCGAUAAUGGUAUUGUUCGUACCUUGGAUCAGCCUAUCUACUUGACCCGUAUCAAGGGUAAGAAGUUGUAUGCUUUGGAUCGCGAUGGCAAGGUGCGCGAGAUUGUCAUUGACCCUACUGAAUACCGCUUCAAGUUGGCUCUUAUCAAGAAACAAUACGAAGAAGUACUUCAUAUCAUUCGUACUUCCAAUUUGGUGGGUCAAUCCAUCAUUGCCUAUCUUCAAAAGAAGGGUUAUCCUGAAAUUGCUUUACACUUUGUCCGUGACGAUAAGACUCGUUUUGAACUUGCUUUAGAAUGUGGUAAUUUGGAUGUUGCUCUCGAGACUGCCAAAUCCAUGAACAAGCCUGAUUACUGGUCUAAACUUGGUGCUGAAGCCUUGCGCCACGGUAACUAUAAGAUUGUCGAAUUAGCUUAUCAACGUACCAAGAAGAUGGACAAGCUUUCUUUCUUGUAUCUCUUGGAGGGUAAUGAAACCAACUUGCGCAAGAUGUUGGAAAUUGCUCAACUUCAAAAGGAUCCUUUGAUGCGCUUCCAAAACGCUGUCUAUCUGGGUGAUGUUCAAGAACGCAUUCAGUUACUUAAGGAUGUAGGUCAAUUACCCUUGGCUUACAUGACAGCCAAGACACAUGGCUUAGAAGAAGAGGCUGCUGCUAUUUUGGCUGCUGCUGGUAAGACUGAAGAUGAAAUUGAAUUGCCCUCUGUUGCAGAACAAUUGCCUCCUACACCUAAACCUGUGACUCAAGUUCAAGACAGUAACUGGCCAUUAUUGACUGUUUCCAAGAGUUUCUUUGAAGGUGCUUUUAUUCAUGCUCAACAACAACAGCAACAGCAACAGCAACAAGGCGUUGCUAUCAGUGCGCCUAGUUUCUCUUAUGAUGAUCAAAUCGACAACAUUGAAGAUGCUGCUGGUGAUUGGGGAGACGAUGAUGAUGAUCUCGGUAUUUCUUCUCACAAGACCAACAAUAACCGUGCCUUAUUAGCUACUGGUGGCGAUGAUGAUGAAGAUCACGAUGAUUUGAAUGGUGAUGGUGGUUGGGAUGACGAUGACGAUAUCAAGGCUGAACUCGAUGCUGAAAUGGGCAAUGUGGCUGCUAAAGAAACAGCUGAAUUUGUUGCUCCUACUGAAGGUGUGAGUGAAAAUGCUUUGUGGGCUCAAAACUCAUCAAUUGCUGCUGACCAUAUCGCUGCUGGUGCCUUUGAAAGUGCCAUGCAAAUCUUGAAUCGUCAAAAGGGCAUUGUCAAAUUCGAGCCUCUUAAGCCUCACUUUAUGGCUAUUUACCAAGCUGCUCAUGUAUCUGUAGCUGGUGUGGCCAACAUGCCCAGUGUCCAGUUCAAUUUGCGUCGUCAACCUGAAUCUUCUAGUCCUCGUCACAGCUUACCUGUUACUGUAUACAACUUCCAAACCAUUGUGACUACACAACUUCAAUUGGCUUACCGUCUAUUCACUUCUGGCAAAUUAGUUGCUGCUGCACAACAAUUCAAAUUGCUAUUGCACUCUGUCUUGUUCACUGUGACAGCCAAUGAAAACGAAGCCAAUGAAUUGGUUCAAUUGGUCAAUAUCUGCCGUGAAUAUCUGUUGGGUCUAUCCAUGGAACAAAUGCGUCGUUCUGUUACAGGUCAAACACCUGAGGAUAUGAAGCGUGCUUUAGAAUUAGCUGCUUAUUUUGCACACUGUCAAUUACAAACACCACAUAUGCAAUUGGCUUUGCGUCAAGCAACAAAACAAGCUUUUAGAGCUAAGAACUUUAGCACAGCAUCACAAUUUGCAUCUAGAUUACUCGAACUUGCACCUCCCAGAGCUGUUGCUGAUGAGGCACGUAAAAUUCAAUCUGUUUGUGAACGUACUUUACAAGAUGAAUUGGCAUUUGAUUAUGAUCAAUACAAUCCAUUUGAUGUUUGUGCCUCAAGCUUCAAGCCUAUUUAUCGAGGUUCACCAAAGGUGGAAUGCUGUUAUUGUAAAGCAUCCUUUAAGCCUGAAUUUGAAGGAAAGGCUUGUACUAUUUGUGAAGUUGCCAAGAUUGGAACAAAGUAAAAAGAAAAUAUAUAUUGAAUAACCACUAUAAUAAACUUGAUUUGUAUCAA